AUGAAUAAUAAUAAUUUACCCAGUUUACAUGAACAAUCACCUUAUCGUACACAACAGUAUAGACCUCCAUCUAAUAGUUUACCAGUUCCACAACAAUUAACAUCGGAACAUUAUGGACAAGCGGCAGCGGCAGCAGCAGCAGCAGCAGCAGCAGCAGCACCUCCACCACCAACAACACAAGGAGGAGGCUUACCUUCCAUGUACGAAUCACGUAAAAUUUAUACCUGCAAUGAGCCAGGCUGUACAGAGUAUUUCGACCAACCGGGAACACUACGAAUACAUCAGAGAAAUGUUCAUGGUCGAGGUGGAAGCAGCGGUGGUGGCAGCACAGAAAACGAUCAUAUGAGAUCAUCACAAAACAGACCUUAUGUCUGUCCUUAUGCGGAGUGUGGAAAGUCGUUCACACAGUAUGGCAAUUUAAAGACACAUUCGAGAAAACAUACGGGCGAAAGACCAUACCAUUGUAAUUACGAUGGAUGCGAUAAAGCGUUUACUCAGCUUGGAAAUCUAAAAACGCACGAAAAGAUACAUUGGCCAGUUAAACCUUUCAUGUGUGCAUUCCCUAACUGUGGCAAAGGAUUUACACAGCGAGGAAAUUUAAAGACUCAUCAAACCAAAGUUCAUCAAAUUGAUCCUCAAUAA